UUACGUGGAAAAUAUAUAAGCCGUGUUGCGCAUCAGAUCUAAGCUGCACCAACGGAAAGUGAUGAACAUGGACCUUUUCGCUGUGAAGUUGGUCGCAGUCUUGGUGGCGUACCUGGAGUUCUCACUAACUCCUGCCAGUGGCAACAUAGCUUGCGAAUUUGUCGAGAUAUUCGGAGGAUGGUGUGAUACCUACGAGCGUCUCAAGUUUAACGGUAGCCUGCUUGCCUGCAGCUACAUGUGCGCUCUUACGAAACCCGCGUCAUGCUACAAUACAGAGACGAAGGAGUCACCUUGUUUGAUAUUCGGCGUCCAUACUCGGAACGGGGCAUGCAUCAAUGGAACAUGUACUCCAAUGAACGAAGCAUUGGAAUACUUCAAGAACAAACAAAACACGCCGAAAACAACUCUAGACUGCGAACAUGGCCAUGACUAUUUAUAUGACAAGUACGGACCUUUCGGCUGCAAAUAUUACUGCAAGCACAAUGGGAAACCUGCUAACCGCCCCGACGGCACAGUGUGUCAGAGGCCAGACACUACCAAGAAGGGCAUAUGUGACGAGUACGGCUACUGUGUAAAGGAGAUAGUCCACUAUGGGUGAUUGCUCAGAAUUUUACAGCCCUGAGUAUAAUGCCCGUUAGGCAACACUUGCUUUCUACCAGAAAAUAAAGAAUGACCACUUCGCUCA